GAAUAGUGAGUUGGUUCCUCGACUAAAGUCACCAACUCCCUACCUUCAAUCAAGGAUACUCUAUUAACCUAGGCAGAUAUUCUCAUUCUAGGUUAAAGCAGAAACAACAGGAAUUUGAUCAGGAUUCAAGUCAUUCAAUCAUUAAAACCUCAAUCGAAUAUAAUCAAUCACAGAAUCAGUACUUGGGUUCAUACAAUCAAAGCCUAACAUACAAAUCUAGGGUUCUCCAUACCCAGAUGAAUGGGAGAACUACUCCAUAGAGAAGAAAGCAAAAGCAGAAUCAGACACGGAAUUCAUACUGCGAAGGAUGGAUUCCUGCUUCUGGACGUUGAUUGGCACUUCUCCAAGCUUAAGCUGGCCUCCAAUGGUGUUGAAGAUCAAUCUAGGGCACUUGGGAACUCUUGCUCGUCACUUUCUCUCUCUAGGAACUGAUCUCUCUCUCAAAAACUCGAAUCCCCCCGACUUUGGUUCGGAAUUUGGCUUAAAACCAGGAAAUCCCGACUCGCACGGCCAGGGUGCACGGUCGUGCAUAUCACCAUUCUGGCCGUGCAACUCAAAACGCAGCGUGUCAUUUAGUCGAACUUCAGCCCUCUCGCACGGCCAGGGUGCACGGCCGUGCGAGCUUCAGGGGUUGCCCGUGCGUGUCCUCGGCAUAAGGCGCACGGCCAAAUUGCUCACGUGCACGGCCGUGCAGCCUCCCUGGUCUGCCCGUGCAGCUCCCCAAAAACCUCGCCAUUCGUCCGUUCUUCGUCCAAUCGACCCCAGACUCGCUCCUAAGCCUUCAUUCACGUACUAGGACCUGAAACAUCACAAACAAGCACAACCUAGCGUGAAAUCGGCCUAAAACACGAGAAAUCACAUCUCAAACGGUGUAAGAACAGGGGUAAAAACAUGUGUAAUUAACGGUCUAUCAAACUCCCCCACACUUAACCGUUUGCUUGUCCCCAAGCAAACCUAACUCAAACCAAUGCAACUCUCCAGACCUCUAUAGCAACAAACAACCCAGAUCGUAGGUAGAGGACUUCCUAGAUCAUUUAGCAGCUUACAAGGUCAACCGACGCACAAGUCAUCUCAUAACUUCUUCGGCGAGUCGGCAUCAUGGCAAAUAGUGAACAGAGGACAAAUGAAUUGUGGAUGAGGAG